AUGAAGCCCAAUGACCCGCUGCCAUCAACCGAGCAAUCAGCCGUAGUCUACAGCGUACCAUGCAGAAACAGCGAGGCGAAGUAUGUUGGUGAAACGGGCGAACGCCUGGGCACAAGAUUGUACGAAUAUGAACUUGCAAUCAAUCGCACGGACAGACUAUCUUUGGUCUAUGGUCAUGUGCGAAAGCUGAACCACGAAUUCGCCUUUGAGAAAGUGAGGGUUAUCGGCAGGGCCAAUGAGAAGAUGGCCAGACUAAUGCUGGAAAGUUGGUCCUCCACUGGCACAAUCAACAGAGCUAUCGACUUGAACCUUGCCUACCAGGUACUUCGCACAAGGGUCGGAUCAAGUCGGCCAGGGCCAGUAGGGCAAACGAGUACGCAAGACCGAGAACCCACGCCCACGGAGAACAGGGGUGCAGGUCAGAGGUCAUGCGGCAAACAUCAAGCACUGUCUCACCGUCGUAACCGCGAGGCAAGGAACAAAUUUAGCGAAUAA